AUCAAGACAAACGAGAGAAAAAAUCUCAAAAUCAUCAGUUCUUCCAUCCAUGGGAGUUGAGUGUACGUCCUCAAGGCACCAGAGCCCCAGGCUGUCGCCAGACCGUGCCAAUGACGUAGGGAUUGAGAGUGUGCAAAGUGAAAGCCUUGUGCCGCCAGACGGUGGCUAUGGAUGGAUCUGCGUCGCUGCAUGCUUCACAAUCAAUUGCUUUACUUGGGGUGCCGUCUCGGCCUAUGGCAUCUAUUUGUCUCACUAUCUUGCAGAAGCCUUGUUCCCUGAAGCAACGACCUGGGACUAUGCCUUCAUUGGGGGGUUUAAUUUUGCCAUAGCCAUGGUCGUUGCACCCGCUGUGACAGUCUUGUGCCGCAAGUUCGGAAUCCACGUCAUCAUGUGCUGCGGUCUGCUAUUUCAGCUUGCAGGCUUCCUCUCGGCUUCCUUUUCGCAUCGCGUUUGGCAGCUCCACAUCUCCCAAGGCGUCUUGAUUGGUUGUGGAAUUGGCUUCCUUUACAUUCCCUGCCUACCAGUUCUCUCCCAAUGGUUUGACAAACGACGCAGUCUCGCAAACGGCAUCAGCGCGGCAGGUUCUGGCGUCGGUGGGGCAGCAUUCGCAUGGGGAUCAGAAGCUAUCAUUCAGCGAUUUGGCAUUGCCUGGGCACUGCGCAUCACAGGUAUACUCGCAUUUACGGCAAACACCAUUGCAACCAUUUUCAUCCGCGAUCGGAACAAGGCCAUUCGGCCGUCUCAAUUAGGCUUUGAUACAAAGCUGUUGAGGCGAGGUGAUGUGCUCUUGCUGCUCGCUUGGGCCUUCAUCAGCAUGCUGGGUUAUAUUGUCCUGCUUUUCUCUCUAUCCGACUUUGCGUUAUCCAUUGGGCUGUCGCGAUCUCAAGCUACUGAUAUGAUUGGCUUGCUGAACGUGGGCACUGCCAUCGGGCGGCCGAUCAUAGGCAUUCUUAGUGAUCGAUGGAAUCGUAUAGACACAGCCGGAGCGUUGACGCUCUUGUGUGGAGUGGCAUGUUUUGCCUUUUGGCUGCCUUCCACGUCAUAUGGGCUGACUGUUUUCUUCGUCAUACUGUGCGGGGCUAUAGUGGGUGUUUUCUGGAUGACGAUUGGCCCAUUGUGUGUCGAAGUCGCAGGGAUCAAAGACUUGCAGUCUCUAUUAUCUCUGUCUUGGGCGGCUGUCAUUAUCCCCUCCAUAGGUAUGUGCAUCCAACCAGUCCUUGUGAAGUUUCAGUACAUGAUGCCUUACAGUAUCUGAGGGCAUUGCGCUCAAACUUAGGCGCCCCAACUCUUCUCGAGAAUAUCUAUAUGCUCAAAUCUUCGCUGGUCUUUCUUACAUAGUCGCCAGCGCACUCAUGUUGCAACUGCGCAGGGUGAAGCGCCGCCAGGCUCGCAGUUGCUGAGCUGCGUACGUCGCCACGAUGGCUCCAACAUAAGAGUAGGAAUUUGGCACAGGCGUUAUUGCCUAAUCUGACGAGUGCAAUUGGCCCAAUGCUGGAGUUGAGGAACAACAAGUCGUUUAUCGUUCAUCCAUUAGCUCUAGCACACGAGUAUUCUUGACAUUACACUCCUCAUCCCCAACGCAGCCCAGACUAGCUCUGAUUCGACUGUGAUCUCCAUCACCGCGCAUUUCAGCAAUAAUGGUAGCAGCCGUC